AUGCCGCUCGCUCAGUCCAAAAACACCGUCGGUCUCGGAAGAGCCAUCCUUAACAGAAAGGCAAAAGAAGCAAAACAACGAAACCAGACCGAGUUCCACACCACCGAUAUCAACAAUUACGGCUCUGUGUCCAACCUUCGUUCCGUCACCCACCAGGGCGAUCUUGAGGAGUUUCUCAACACCGCCUCUUUGGCCGAUGCCGAUUUCACUGCAGAGAGGAGGAACGGUGGCGUAACCAUCAUCACGGCUCCCGACCGCGAACGAACCCGCCACAACCCUUACUUGCUUACAGGUCAGGAAGAGCAAGAGGUACUCAAAAAGCAUGUUCAGAACAAGGAGCGUCUGCGUGUUCCCAGACGUCCCGAAUGGACCAGUGCAACCACUCGUGCACAGCUCGAACGAGCCGAAAAGGACGGCUUCCUCGAGUGGAGGCGAGGUCUCGCGGAGCUGCAGGAGGGCGUUGGUUUGGUGCUCACGCCCUUUGAGAGGAACCUCGAGGUGUGGCGUCAGCUCUGGCGUGUCAUCGAGCGAAGUCAUCUCGUAGUGCAGAUUGUUGAUGCGAGGAAUCCGCUCCGCUUCCGAUGUGAGGAUCUCGAAAAGUAUGUCUCGAGUCUCGGCAUCGGUUCCACCAACGGAAUCGAAUACCUCGGAGAGCACUCGGCGGAAAAGGGGCCUAGAAGGAAUCUGCUCCUUAUCAACAAGGCCGAUCUGCUAGACGAUGAGCAGAGAAAGUACUGGGCCGAUUAUUUUGACGCACAAGGCAUUCAGUAUGCAUUCUUCAGUGCGGCCAAUGCUGCUGCCAUCCAGCUUGCCCGCGCAGAGGAAGAGGAGCGAUUGCGCCUCGAGCAGCUCAAACUCGCAGAGCCACAAGAUGACGACGACGACGACGACGAAGAUGACGAAGAUGACGAGGAGGAAGAGGAGGAAGAGGAGGAGAAACAUGUUGAUGGUGAGCUGGAAGCAUCCUCUGCUGCUGCCGACGAAACGGCCAAGGAUGCUAAGUCUCUGAUCGGCCAAGAAGCCAGCGACCGUGUGCUGGACCACUCACAGGAUGCUGUUCGCGACAGUUUGGUCGCCGAAAAGACGUCCGCACAAGAUAACACAGUUGACACUGCCGCUGCCGCUGCUGCUAUGCCCGCUACUCACGAUCCAACUCGCGUGCUCAACGUGCUCGAACUCGAGGAGCUCUUCAUGGCUUGCGCACCUUCUCUCGACGACUUUGCCAUCGAUGGCCAACCGGCACCCUCGAAACUAGUCGUUGGUCUUGUCGGAUAUCCAAACGUCGGUAAAUCAUCUACCAUCAACGCGCUGCUCGGAGAAAAGAAGGUGUCGGUCUCGUCGACCCCUGGCAAAACGAAACACUUCCAGACCAUCCAUCUCUCUCCCACAACGGUACUAUGUGAUUGCCCCGGUCUCGUGUUCCCGCAGUUUGCCACCACGUCAGCAGAACUGGUUUGUGAUGGCGUGCUGCCUAUUGACCAGAUGCGAGAGUACACUGCGCCCGCAGAAUUGGUCGCCAAGAGGAUUCCCAAAGAUAUCGUCGAAGGCACCUACGGUAUCCGAAUCGAGACGCUAACCGAAGAGGAGGGCGGUAACGGUGUACCUACCGGUCUCGAGAUGCUUACCGCCUACGCCGUUGCCCGAGGCUACACGCGUCAAGGUCAGGGCAACCCAGACGAGUCGCGUGCAGUGAGAUACGUCCUCAAAGACUAUGUCAACGCCAAACUGCUCUACAGCCAUCCACCACCUGGCAUCGAUGCGGAUCUGUACAAUGCAGCUCAACGAGAACGUGCACGUGCAGCACUCGCCGGUCGCAAAUACAAUGCGUCUACAGCCGCAAACCUCGCCGAGUACGCCGAUGCCACCAGCGGUGCUGCAGACAUGGACGACCUUGAUGCGGACCUUCAAACCGAGCUUGCCGCGCUGACGAAACGCCAAGGCUCAGGUGUGCCACGUCAAUCGGCUAAAUCCAAGGCGUUGGACUCGGCGUUUUUCGAAACCAUGGCUUCGUCCAAACCGACGAUCGUGGGAAGGACCGGCAUGCCGACUGCCGCUAUUCAGGGUAGGAUCGCGAACGACGGUUCGGUGAUUCGAAAUGGCGGUGCGCAACAGCAGCAGGGUCAGUCGAACAGCAAGAAACACAACAAGGCGAACAAGCGGAAAAAACAGCGCUCAGGUGCUGGUUUUGAUUGA